AUGUCCACAUGGUUCUUUGUAUUGUCACAGACUUGGGGAACAUUAGGAUAUCCCUUGGAAUGCAAAGAUGAACAAGGCAGCUCUAAUCGCUGCAUUUCCAUCCCUCUGGACAAACUGUUUGACCGGGUCAUCCAGCAUGUUGAGCUCAUUUCGCGUGUCUCUGAGGAAUGCUGCUCCCUCUUCGAGGAGAUGCUUGUCCCUUUUCCCCUCCAGCCUAAGACAACCAGGGGAGUUAACAUCUGCAUCACUAAAGCCAUUCCUGUCCCAGGCUCCAAAAGUGAAAUACAGCAAAUUUCAGACAAAUGGCUGCUCCAUUCUGUGUUAAUGCUAGUCCAGACAUGGAUAGAACCACUUACCUACUUGCAAGAAACUCUCAAUCGCUACGAUGAUGUCCCUGAUGCCCUGCUCAACAAAACCAAGUGGGUGUCAGAUAAGCUGCCCAGCCUGGAGCAAGGCAUAGGUCUGCUCAUUAAAAAGAUGUUGCAGGAGGGAUUCCUGAUGACAGAACUUCAGCAGACACUGACACAUUUCAACAAGCAGCCGGAAGUGUUGGAAUCCACUCUGAGAGACUACACGCUGUUCAACUGCUUCAAGAAAGAUGCUCACAAGAUAGAGACCAUACUGAAACUGCUAAAGUGCCGGCGGAACCACAAGCUUAGCUGCCUCCUUUAUUAG